AGACGAUGGAGAGCCAGGUCUCUAAGGCAUUAUCUUAUAUUAGUUUCUAGUUUGAAGACAAGGGAUAACCGCACAUGCGCUGUAGCAGUCAUUGAUUUUUCACACUUUGACAGUUCAACCGAUGUUUUGUGCCAGCACCCGCGUAUUAGAAACAAAGUAAACAGACAUGGCUUUAGAUUUUUCUGCUACAUAUAAAUUAUUAGUUCUAGGUGAUUCUAAUGUCGGCAAAACGUGUAUAGUGCACAGAUAUUGUGACGAGAGAUAUUAUGACAUCUACAUAUCUACUAUCGGUAUAGACUUCAAACAAAAGAUAAUCAACUUGGACGGUGUACCAAUCAAGCUACAAAUAUGGGACACCGCAGGUCAAGAGAGAUUCAGAACACUUACAACAGCUUACUACAGAGGUGCUAUGGGAAUUAUAUUAAUGUAUGACAUCACUAAUCUGGAAUCAUUCAAUCAUUUGUCCUAUUGGCUGAGAAACAUUCAAGAGUACGCAUCACCAGAUGUUAUUAAAGUUUUAGUGGGCAAUAAAUGCGACGUGCACGAGAAUCACCGUGCCGUUCCUAGGGAAAGAGGACAAAAGAUCGCAGAUGAUUUUGAUAUGCCAUUUUUUGAAGUGUCCUGUAAAAGUAAUAUAAAUAUCGAAGAAGCGUUUGUGACGUUGGCCAGAAAGAUACGGGAAUACCGAGAGACGAAGGCGGACGCGUUCGAGUUGAAGGAAAGAGAUAACGUCAUCAAAGCCUCUGAAUCCGAAACAGACGUCUCAAAGUGUAGUUGUUAGCCUCUUGGUAGUAGAAGACAGCAUUAACAAAGUUUACAUAUAAUAGUUUUGAUUUUUAAAAGAAAUCAAAAAAUCUAACGCUAUCGUAUGUCGCUAUGCUAACGAUAGUUCUAUUUUAAUUUUCCUCUUGUGGUUCAAAAAAUAUAUUAAAUUAAUAUCAGCAAUCAAAAUUGUUAGGUAUAUAUAUUAAUGAUAAAUAAAUAAAGCAUCUGAGUGUUGUUUUGUAGGGAAUCGAUCUAGUAAUAAUAUUUGCAUGUACCAUUAAAGUUUUCAUGUUCUUAUAGGGACAAUAUAUUAUACAGUUGUAACUUGAUAUUGUAGAUGUGAUAUUUAUGUAAGCCAGAAUUUUAACACAAAUCAAAUGUAAUAAGUAUAAACAAUGGCAGUGAUUUAAUGAAACGAAACAUAAUAAAAUAAUAAGGUUUUAAAUUAUGAGACGUUUUUUUUGGGGUGAAAUCAAUCUCUUUGUUAUUCGGUAUGGCAAUUAGUUGGAUUGAUCUGUUUUUAAAUUCUGGCCUGUGAAUACAGACUGUACGCACGCUUAAUGCAUGUACCCAAUGGCGUUUACACUAGCAAUUAGAAUUAUUUCUUGAUAAUAUUAAAGAAAUCUAGUUGCGCAUAGAUAAUAAUAGUAAUAAUUUAUUAUAUUAAGUUGAGGAAUCAACAAUUUGUUACAAUUCAUAUUAUUUUCAUGUUAAGCGAUCUCUUUAUGAUUAUAUGUAGGUAAUUGACAUUUUUAAAAUAUAAAUAAAAUAAAGGAUUUAACAAUCAACAAUAAAGUAUGGCCGGACAUAAUUAAAUUAACAAAUAAAUUAAAUAGCAAUUAGGUAUGCAUUUAUCUUAUUAGUUCAAACAUAAAAAAUUUAUUAAUUUUUAUUUACUUAAUAUAAUGAUAAUGAUGUUCGAAACAAAACAUGCCUUCGGCAGUAAAAUAAGCCUUAUAUGUCUGGCUUUAGUCGUUUUAAGAUAGCCUAUGCCAACGACGCUAUUGCUCACAACGUGCAGACUCGAAUAAGCACAUUAUACGAAUUUAAUUUUACAUAAUAAAAAGUUUUAAACUUCAUAAAGUAUAAGGUCAUAAUAUUGUCAUUUCAUUGUAUUAAUUCACUGUUUUCUAUACAUUUAUAUAAAUAUUAAUAUACAAUUUAAGUAAAUGCACUUCGUGAGAUGCACCGUACCUAUGUUGACAGCACUAGUUCGAAUUUAAGUUGUUAAUGAGUGACAUUAUUAUGACAUAUUUUCUGAGGCACAAGUCGACAUGUCGGAUUAGUUCUAUGUAUUACAAAUAAACUUUUACAAAAGAA